AUGAGAUCCAUACCGUCCUCUUUGGGAGCUAACUACUGCUCCAAAGGCUGUCUUAAGUCUUCAUUGGCUAAAGGAUGGAAGGGCAUCUUUGUAUUCAAUGCCGUAGGACAGAGAGCAUUGUAUUUCUUCCUUAGGUAUGGGCAUUGUAGUUUGCUUGAAAAAAAACAUACAAGGGGGAUUGUUAUCUCACUGGAAGAUGGUACAUUGAAGUUUCUAAGCUUGCCUCGGAUUGCAAAUGAUGUUCCAGCCACUGGAAGGCCAUUUGCCGGAACAAAAACUCUGGGUGUUGUAACUUAUCAGUUGUCAGAAUAUUUGAUUUGGAGUGUCCAUGCCUCAGAACCUACAGGUUGUGUGGCUUACUGUGGGGCAGAUGGUACCGCCGUGUACUUCCAGCUUAAUUCGAGAUUCUGGGAUAAGGAACCUGGGAGUAACCGUUUUCCUUAUUUCCUCUCUGGAUCAUUAUCAGAGGGAGAAAAUAUUAAGAUUGGCAGCAGGCUGCAAACGUCCCCAUUACCAAAUGUUCCUGUGGUGACCAAAAAGGGUUCAAAACCAUGCCAAAAUAUAGUUCAGGCGCUCGCUACAAGCGUUGUCACCGGCCUGCUGACAUGUCAGCUCAACUCCCCCACAGGAAACAGUGACGUUGUAAAUCGAGAAGUUCAUGAUGAUCAAGAUGAUGGGCGCAGCGAAGAGCAAGGAGCAGGCGCUGUAAAUCAAGAAUUUGAGGGUGAUCAAGAUGAUGGACACAGUGAAGAACAAGCAGCAGGCAUGGCAAACACAGAAUUUGGCGACGAUAAAGACGAUGGACACAGCGAAGAACAGGGAGCCGGUGCAAUAAUUUCAGCCAGUCCUACAAAGGAGGAGAAUGAUGGAACAUGGAACAGCAAGGGUGGUGAAUCCCCUAAAGAACUUAAAGUCAUCCCUCCGAAUUCUGUUGCUUUGCAUCGAGUGCGAUGGAACAUGAACAAGGGUAGCGAGAGAUGGCUGUGCUAUGGAGGUGCUGCAGGCAUCAUACGAUGCCAGAGGAUCUGA